AUGGCAGAUUGGUAUGGAAAGAGUUCGAUGGAGGAUCAAGAUUUUCAAGAAGAAGAUGUGUGGAGUGUUAUGAAGGGAAGAGAAGAGUCAAACACAAAAGUCAACAAACCCCAUAAGAUCAAGAAAAGAUCAUCAUCAUCAUCAUCAUGUGCAUGGACAUCUCACGAUGGUGCAAGAAUGAUACCUAGGUGCAAUGAGGGUAGGAUGCCACAUCAUCAGCAACAAUCCUCAGCUCCAAUGGGUAUCCCCGACUGGUCAAAGAUUUACAUGGAGAAAAGCAAAGGUCCAAGUGAUGGAUGCUAUCAAGAUAGUGAUUACCAUAAUCAUGGUGCCCAUGAUGAUGAUGAUGGUGAAAUGGUGCCCCCACAUGAAUACAUUGCUAGAAAGCUAGCUAGAAGUCACAUUACUUCUUCUUCUAUGUGUGAAGGUGUUGGGAGGACUCUCAAAGGAAGAGACCUCAGCAAAUUGAGGAAUGCCAUUUUGACCAAAACCGGUUUUUUAGAGUAA